AUGACUAGUCUUGAUUCUCACUCUACUAAUUUAUCUGCUAAUGCUUCAGCUGAUUCGAAUGGUGCUUGUCCUCAUUGUCAUCAACCUAUGAAGAAAAGUGCAACUUCCACUGGUGAUUUUCGAACUACUUUAGACAAGUUAUUUCCUAAUGCAUAUGGACUUGAAGAAUUUGUCUUCGAAACAAAACAAACAUUGGUUCCCAAAGGCUUCUAUCCGCAUGUUAAUACAUUGGUUUGUGUUGGUUUAUGUCGUGACGAGAUAAC